UGCGCUUUAAAGCCGAGAAGAGAGGGGCUAGAUGAAGCUGGAAAAAAAAUUGCUUCAGAAACCUGCAAAAAUCCAGCUCUGUGAAUUCCUCCAAAGCCAUGAUUACAAGCCGACGAAAAGCACCAACCUUAAAGACAACGAUAGACAACGAUGAGAGAGAGACAGAGAGACAUUAAUACCACAUUGAACAUUCAGAGAUAAAAUUGAGUUUAAUUUCAAGAAUUCAAGAUUGUGGAUAAUAAAAAGCUCCCCUGUUCUUCAAAGCAGUUUCAAUGGCUACUUCGUCUUCCUCCAAGCUCCCCCUUUCCCCUCUCUUCACCCCUAUUGAAGAAGGUAAUGAAGAAGAUGAGUAUUCGCAGGGGAGGAGCAGUAGUAGGGCGGAGAGUACUCCGAGCGAGUAUAAGCACCGUCCGACGCCGCUUCAUCGGUGUUCGGAGAAGAGAGGGUCGAAGAAACGGUCGGAGAGUGUGGGCGGCGAUGAGGAUAGCCGCGGCGGCGUGGUGUGCAAUAAGUGCCGGCCGAGUAAUCGGGAGAGAAUCUCGGUGGUUCCGUUAGACAACAACAACGGCCACGGGUUGAACCGGAAUUCCCUGGCGAGUCCCAACGGUAUUUUCAAGUCUAUUUUUUCGGGUCUGGUGAAGAAGAGCCCCAGUACUAGGCUGUCGGAGGACGGGUCGUCUAGGGAGGAGCAGUGGAAGAUUGCGGUGGCGGAGCUCUCGCACAAGCUUAUUCAGGCCACCCGGAAGAGAGACGAGGCCGUUCUAGAAGCUUCCAGAUUGAAAUACUCCAUGGCUGAGCUUGAGAGGAAACUCAACAAACUCGAAGUUUACUGCCACAAUUUGAAAUCCGGGCUUGAAGUUUGCACCAACAACAAUAACAACAAUAAUAAUAAUUCUCAACACGUCAAUUUCCAGUGCAUUAAAGUCGGCGAUCAAGAGCGGGUAAUCCAGCACUUCUUGGUAGCCGUCUCCGACGCCCGCUCAUCCAUUCGCCUUCUCAGCCGAUCGCUCACUCUUCAGCUCCGCCAAAUCGGCGCCGGAAAAAUCCACGACCGAAUAUCUCAGCUCCUACAACCCUACGACAUCAAAAUCUCGCCGUCCAGAAACUCCCGGGGCGGCCUUCUGUACCUAGAGGCGCUGAUGAGCAGAGCCUUCUUCGAAGACUUCGAGACCGUCGGGUUCCAGAAGAGCUCCUGUAACCCGGUUCUGAACCCACUGGACCGGUGCGCCGCCAACUUCGCCGCGUUCGACCGCCUGCAAGGGCUCAAAUGGGAGGAGGUGUUGAGCAAAGGAACCCGGUUUUUCUCUGAAGAUUUCAGCAAGUUUUGCGACCGGAAAAUGAGCGAGAUUGUGGCCAUGUUAAGCUGGAACCGGGCCUGGCCGGAGCCGCUCUUGCAAGCCUUCUUCAACGCUUCCAAGGCGGUCUGGCUGGUCCACCUCCUCGCCAACUCGGUCCACCCCGGUCUACCCAUAUUCAGAGUCGACAACAAAUCCCGGUUCGACCCGGUUUACAUGGAGGACAAGGGCGGAGACCGGGCUCGGAAACUGGUCCCAACCAUGGUCCGGAUCAUGGUCACCCCAGGUUUCUACAUCUACGACAAUGUCGUCAAGUGCAAGGUCCUCUGCAGGUACAACAACAGCAGCAGCGGGUGCAAUCUUGACGCAGGAGCAGCAGCAAACGACAAUAACAACAUUGUCUUAACACCGUCACCCACGUAGAAACAACAAACGCAGCAUCCUUAAUCCUAGUAAUUACGGUACUUAAUUAGUCAAAUAUUAUUAUGUGACAAAGGGUAGAAAUUUGGAGUUUAGUUGUUUGUUGUAACACAGGGCAUUGCCAUCGGAUUACUCAAUACUCAUCCCAUUCCCCCUUGCAAGAUUUAGUCAAUGGUGAUUUCCUUUUCAGUCU